AACGACCUGUUCUGUGCGAGAGUACGACCACAAGGUACGAUCUUCUACCUGUCUGUCUACCCGACACCAAGAUCUUUGCCACUACGAAAGUUCGAGAAGAGAAGAACGUGAAAACGCCAAGGCGGUUACAGUUACAAACGUGAGUGCGUUGAGGAACAUUGUGGUUGAUAACAAACAUGAAGAUCAGUCUAGUGUUGAUCUAUUUUGUGGGAGUCAUCAGCUUCUCAGCAGCAAUACACGUAUUCCAUAACACAAAUCAUGGAGGAGGAGAAGCAAAUAGUGGAAAACAUUUAGCAGAACAUAAACAUCAGGCUAGUUCAGGCAGCAGCAGUAAGCAUGAUGAAGAGAAGAAGAAAAAAGGACAAAAGACUAAAGUAGACCACAAGGUAGAGGAUGAAGAGAAGGGAGGAAAGAAGACUGAGCACUCGUCAGGUGGUUCACACAAAUCACAGAAACAUGAAGAAGGCGGAAAACAACACGGUGCCAAAUUUCAGGAAGCCCACAACAAAAAGAAAAGCAAUUACAUGAAGGGUUUCAGAGAAGUUUUCCAUAAGGAUGAAUUGAAUAAGCAUGACAGUUUCUUCAGCAAUCGUGACAAGAGCGGAGAAUACCAGAUUUAUGGAAACAAACAUUCGAAAUUUUCUACGCAAUCGUUCUCAAAGAAGAAUAAAAAGAACCACAAGAAAUCCGCUGACGAGAAAUCUCACGGAAAAUCUGGAAAGAAGGAUGGUGGUCAUCACACCGACAAUCAUAAGAACCACCAAGGACAAGGAGCUACCAAAAGUCAUCGUCAAACUGCCAGCAAGUGGGGAAAGAAAUCGUCGAGCCAGGGGGGAAAGAAAUACUACCAUUCUACACACAAGAAAAAGUAAAAUUUUUGGUUUCAUAUAUUUCUUGUUAGUAUAACUUUAUAUUCAGUACUUUUAGUGAAAUCAAUGAGCUUAAUAUGUAAGUAUCAAGCAUUUCUAA